AUGGGUGAAGGAGAAUUGGUGAUAUUUGGCUAUAAUGAUGCGAAAGAGACUAACACAGACAAUGCAUGGACAGAAUCAGUAACCUACGCUUUUGGAAUUGACCACAAAAAUUUAAACGAAUUUGAAGCAGAUCAUGGAAGUGAUGCAAUAAAAGCAAUGUGGAUGACGAUUAAAGUUAAUGAAGAUUCUUCUGAAGUAAAGUCACUAAAGGAAAAAGUAAUUAAAGAGGAGACAAAAGUUGCUAAGGAAGAAAAAAUGGAAGAAAUGCAAUUAGAUUUGCCAGUUGAGCAUAUUACAUUUGGAGAUGUCGAAGACUUUAAAUUAAAAAAAGAAAGAGAGUUUAAAGUUAAAAAUCUUCUUGAUAAGAAAAUAAGAAACAUGUUCAGUAUAGAGGAAAAGAUUGCUUUUGUUCUUAAAACUUUCAAGGUUACUAUAUUUAAUUUUUAA